CCUGGGUGGCCGAGCCAAGCGCCAGGUAAUGUGUGUUUAGAGACACCGGCUCAGACCAGAGAUGAUCCGCGGGUACAGAGUCGAGUCCUCUCGGGGAGGGGGUAGGUACGAGGCACGGUACGGGUCCCGGGGUGGGUCGGAGAGGGGCACACCGCCAGACACCCGUCAUGAGUCUAGGUUUCGCUUCAGUGGGGAGUAUGGCCAGCCUGAGCGGAGCCCUCCUGCCUACACCGAUGCCAGAGGAGGGCCGAGAAUCAUCGACAUCAUCAAACAGAACGUGCAGGACAGCAUGGAGGGGAAGCUUAGCCGUCCUCAGAGCGUGGCGGGGGACCUGCCGGCCAGCAGGUACGACAGAGACUUCCAGCGGAGGGGGGAGCGGGACUACAGCCUGAAGCGGAGCCCCGACCGGGAGUUCAAGGUGUUUAAGAGGGAGGCGUACGGCAGCUACCGGUCCCUACAGGCGGGCUAUAGCGGCAGGCAGGAUGACACGGACAGCCAGGCUUCGCUGGAAAGCUGGAAGGGGGUACGGAUCGGCCCGCCUAAGAAGCCACGCGUGCCAUCCACGUCGAGCGAGCGCGGGUUCGACAUGAAGCGUGAGAGCUACCGGGACCGUGACACCAGCUUUGGCGGGUACAGCAGGGAGCGGCGGCCCAGCGGCGACAGCAUCCAGUCCGUCACCGAGGGUAUGCUGGAGCGCAGGCGGUUCGAACGAGCCCGAGGACCCAAGUCUCCACUGGACGAGGCCUGGGAUCGAGACCGAGCACAAGGGUAUCGCGACAGGCGGUACAGCGAGGACCGAGGCUACCGCGACCGUGACCGAGGGACGGGGACGUACCGAGACCGAGGAUACAGCGACAGUGACCGGAGAGACCUCGGUCGUGGGCUUGAUCUCUCUUCUGAUCGAGAUCGCCCCCGGGAUCGCGAAGAUGAUCGCGACCGGGAUCGUGACCGAGAUCGCGACUACAAGCGGUCCUCACGCGACCUGGCCAGGCUGGAGGAGGGAGGGGAAGAGGCUGCACGGUACAUUGAGAAGAUCCAGGAGCUGGAGGACCGGCAGGCGUACCUGGAGGAUAAGAUCCGGGCGCUGGGCGGGCGUCCCGAGCCGCUGAGCCGCGCGGAGGAGGAGCUGCAGCAGGAGGUGGAGGAGGCGCACACCGAGCUGGACGCCAUUACCGUCCUCAAGGCCAAGCUCGAGACAGAGGUCAACAACCUCAGGAAGGAGGCAGAGGAACACAGACGCAGGGUGGACGGGGAGAGGCAGGCCCGGUAUGCUGCAGAGGAGACCUUCAGGAAAGUCCAGGCGGAGUAUAACGAACUUCGCGGCAUCAUCGAUGACAUCAACGGGCAGAUCGACGCCUCCAGGGAGCGGCUCCGGCUCAUCAAGUACGAGCACAAUGAGGAGAAGCGCCACCUACAGUCCAGACUGGGGGAUGACGCUGGUUCGGACCGCAGCGGAGGCAGCUACACGCACUACUCACGUGACCUGUACAGCUACCGGCGGAGGGAUACACACAGCAGGGAGCACCACGACUACGAUAGUAGUGCCAAUAAAAGGAGGCUCUUUGAGAUGAUGGCGUCUGUUGAGAUGGAGGUGAGCGAGCUACAGCGCGUGCGCCGCGAGAUCGUCAGACAGCAGGAGCUAGUGCGCACGCUCCACAUCGACAUCCACACCCUCCAGUUCAGGGAGGACGAACUGAGGAAAGUGACAAAUGAAGCAGACAAGCGCCACUCGCGAGAAGUGGACCUGCGGGACAACGUGGUGACGAAGCUGCAGGCGGAGAUCCAGUCGGCCACGCAGGAGCUGCUGCAGCAGAAGUACCAGAACCAGCAGCUGCUGGAUGAUGCCAUGCUGCUGGACGCGCAGCUCAAGACCUACCGGAGACUCUGGGACCUCAGCGAGGGGCGGGGCCCACCAGGGGACCCCUCUCCAGCAAUAGGAGAUGACGAAGAGACCACCUAUCAAACAUUUCUUAAAGAAAUGGAAGGAAAGGGUCGCCGUAUGGGAACUUCUGGCCGGCGUCCUUUGGCCCUUCCAGCGCCGACGCCCAUGCCUACUGGUAGGACGUGGGGAGCCCUCACCAAAAUGGACACCACGCCUGUGCCCGGAUUCGCCCCGCCGGCGAAACGGGACUACGGGACAGCGCGCAUCGGGACCACCACCUCCAGGAUAUCCUACGUCACUUCCGCCGCUGCCCGGAAGACGACGUCACGUCCUUUGACGGAGCAGGAUGAUGCCCCUGGGGGAAAGUUUGCCAAAAUAGAAGUCAGGGGCCAAACCACUCGCAAGGACACGACGCCGACACUCUCAGCUAACAAAACCAUCAGAAUAGGCCCGCCCAAGAACCCGGGCGAGUCCGGUUUUAUCCACCAAGUGGACCGGACAGAGCAGGACCAGGUGGAUACGUCAUCAGUGGUUACCAUGAAGAUAUCGGGACAAGGGCAGAGCUUUAGUGGACAGGGCAUUGACAGUCAGCAGGUGGGAGUUUAUGGACAGGUAACCUCACUGACACCGCAGGUUGGGCAACAGGAAAGAAUCAUGGUGACCGUCACCGAAGGCAAAGUUACAGGAGCCAAACAGCUAAAGUCGGGACAGGCAACAGAACUUUCACUCCAUGAAACCCAACAAAUCUUGGCAUCCGUACCUACCGAAGCUGCGCAGCAAUCAGGCAACAUAAUGGUCACAGUUACGGAAGGAAAGGUCAUCGAGACAAAAACAGUCACAGAGAAGGAGGCAGAAACGAUCGUGUCACUAGUAACUGAACAAGCCGAUCCUACAGCCGAGAAAGUCGUCGUCUCUCUAGAGGGAGGGCAAGUCGCCGGGAAGCGCAUUGGAAAGGACAAAGACACCGCUCUGUCCCCAGAAGAAGCCGCACAACUUUGGAGAUCUGUCGCUCAGCCAGGACAGCAGACCGGAGAUGUCGUCGUUUCCCUUUCACAAGGACAGAUCGUGGGAUCCCAGCAGCUAACACCAACGGAAGCCGAGACCAUCAAGGCUGUGGUUGUAGAAGAGGCGAGACCUACUGUAUGCCCGACUCCAGUUCAGCCGACCUUCGUGUCAAUCGCACAGACAACAGCACAGGUAGCUGCUCUUCAAGAAGACAAAAUCAUGGUGACUGUCACCGACGGUAAAGUAACAGGAGCCAAGCGACUGAAGUCAGGAGACACAAAGGAACUUUCACCUAUAGAAACCCAACAAAUAAUGGCGUCUGUCCCUGCCGAUACUUCCCAGCAGUCAGGUAACAUCAUGGUCACGAUCACGGAAGGCAAAGUCAUUGAAACGAAACAGGUCACGACAAAAGAGGCAGAAACGAUCGUGUCAUUGGUUUCUGAAGAACCAGAUCCAACGGCAGAAAAAGUAGUGGUUUCCAUUGAGGGAGGCCAGGUGGUCGGAAAGCGUGUUGGUAAGGACAAAGCCACGCCCCUCUCUCCACAGGAAGCCGAACAGCUUUGGAGAUCUGUCGCCCAGCCGGGACAGCAGACCGGAGAUGUCGUCGUUUCCCUUUCACAAGGACAGAUCGUGGGAUCUCAGCAGCUCACACCAACGGAAGCUGAGACCAUCAAAUCCGUGGUCAGUCAAGAAACAAAAGCUGUGCAGGUCAUGCAGACGUCACAACAAGUCCAGCCAGGGGCUUCAGUUACCUCACAACAGCUUGGGGUGGUCGGUACAGUGCAAACAACGCAAGGUUUCUCGACCGGUGCACCGAUCGGAGGAAUGGUGGCUUCCGGAACGUUCGCUACUGGAACCGUAGCUCCUGGAACAGUAGCUCCUGGAACAGUAGCUCCUGGAACCGUAGCCCCUGGAACCGUAACUCCUGGGGUCGCUCCUGGAACCGUAGCCCAUGGAACUGUGGCCCCCGGAACCGUUGCUCUUGGAACCGUGGCUCUCGGAACGAUUGCUCCCGGAACAGCAGCGUCUGGUACCGUUACUCUGGGAACUGUAGCACCCGGAACGGUCACAGUAACAACGGGCAUAGCAGAACCUGGAACAGUAGCGCCCGGUACCGGAGCCGUCGUUUCCGGAACUGUUACUGACUCUGGAAGUGUCAGUAUUGGAACAACUGCAUCUGGACAGAUCCCGGAGUAUCUACCGCCGUUUGCACGACAUCCGCUACCACCGAUCGGCGUGGGCGACGUUCCAGCUCCGACAGCGUCCGAAACACCCCUUUCGCCCUCAACCACCGUGAUGGCGUCCAUCGAAGGCGGAAACAUCGUGCGGGCGCGGAAACUCAACUUCGGCAAGUUCGAGGACUUCGCUCCUCAGGAGGCAGAGCAGAUGUUGUCUGGUCUCCCGGAACGCCAAGCGACUCAGUCGGGCAACAUCAUGGUGAUGAUCUCAGAGGGUCAAAUCGUCAAGAGCCAGCAGCUUUCACCCUGGGUGGCAGAACAACUUAUAGCGACCAUGUCAGGUUCAGCUCCCGGACAGGUAACCGUGCCUGUGUCUGGCCAGGCUACGUACGUGCCUGCUCCGGGUUCUCCGCCUGUAACUGUGCCGGUCUACGGACAGGCCAAGAUCUCUCCAGCCAUAGUAGACAAACCGAUAACCCCUGUUUCUGGGGAGGCAAAGUUUUUCGCUGGGCAGGAGGCUGAUGUGGUUAAGGGACAAGGAACCCAAUUGCAGGGCACAGCCUCUCAACAGAUCGCCGGCUCUGUUAUAACGCAACAAGCGACAGUAACCGUCUCUGGCUUGACAUCUGGAUUUCAAGCCGCGCCCUUUCAAACAACACCAGCAUCAACGGUUCUACCCCAUGGAUUCCAAGCAAACAUACCACAGGUUUCUGACGAAACCCUUCCUGUGGCCCAUAUCACAUCACACGUGAUGCCAACGAUUCCAGAAACACUUCCAAACACAUCGGAGAGAAUCGUUGCUUCCUUUUCUGACGGGAAGAUCGUUGGAGCCCAGAAAAUCGUCGAUGGUCGCACAGUUCAAGUUGAGCCCGCCUAUGCAGAGGCCACACUGAGGACGGCGUCCAGCCAAGCUGUACCACAGUCUGGGACUAUUAUGAUGACUGUGGCGGACGGGAGGGUCCAGGAGACAAAGCCGCUCACUCCAGCUGAGGCACAGUAUGUAGCGGCGACCGCGACAGUUGAAGACGCUGGGAAGGCCAUCCCUUACACGACGCCUGGUUUUCAGCAAGCUGUGGGGGUUAAGUCUAGUCAGAUUGUGCCCUCACAGCCUUAUAACUAUCAGACACCUACACUCUCGUUGGGACAGCAGGCUCUGCAGCCAUCGGAAAAGAUCAUGAUGACCAUAGACGAGGGGAAGGUGGUGGGAGCAGUGCAGCUGAAGCACGGUGAGUCCACGCAAAUCCCUGCGUCAGAAGCGGAGAAGAUGCUGGCUGUUUCCGGGCAGCCUGGGCAGCAGUCAGGGAACGUCAUGCUCACGGUGUCCGAAGGCGCAGUUCUGGACACGCAGCAGGUCACACCUAGAGAGGCCGAGACCAUCAUGACGACUCUUUCCGCCCAACCUGACCCCACCGCUGAAACGAUAAUCGUUCGCUUCGUCAACGGCCAGGUGGUGGGAGCCGAGAGGAGCUUCCAAGAGCAAACAUCGACCCUGUCCGCUCCCGAAGCGCAAACGUUACUGUCUUCAGUUCCCAACCAGCCCACACCGCAGACUGGAAAUAUCUUACUCAUCAAGUCUGAGGGAAGAAUCGUGGAGUCUCAAGAGCUGACGUCCACGGAGGCUGACACCAUCAUGAGUACAGUGUUCCACAAAGCACAACAACAGUCUGUAGCCCAGCAGCAGCCAAACUUAACGUCGUUCACUCAAACACAGCCGUCGUUCACUCCAGCAGCACAGUCUGUGACACCAAAGCAGGACAGGAUUGUGGUGACGGUCGCAGACGGGAAGGUCACGGGAGCAAAAGAUCUGAAGACAGGACAGCAAAAGCAGCUGUCGCUCAUGGAAGCACAACAAAUCCUGGGUUCUACCCCCGAUGGAACAGAGCAGCAAACAGGCAACAUCAUGGUCACAGUAACAGACGGGAGGAUCGCUGAGUCAAAGCCAGUCACACAGAAAGAAGCAGAAACAAUAGCUUCCGUAGUGGCCGAACAGUCUGAUCCAACAGCCGAGAAAGUCGUAGUUUCUGUCGAGGGAGGCCAGGUGGUCGGAAAGCGUGUCGUUAAGGACAAAGCCACGCCCAUUUCUCCUCAGGAAGCCGCACAACUUUGGAGAUCUGUCGCCCAGCCAGGACAGCAGACCGGAGAUGUCGUCGUUUCCCUUUCACAAGGACAGAUCGUGGGAUCCCAGCAGCUUACACCAAUGGAAGCCGAGACCAUCAAGGCUGUCGUUGUGGAAGAACAGAAACCUAUCGUGUGUCUGCCUCCAGUUCAGCCGACCUCUAUCUAUAAGCCAGCUGGAAUACCAACAGCAGAGGUAGCUGCUCCCCACAAAGACAAAAUCAUGGUGACGGUCACCGACGGAAAAGUGACAGGAGCUAAACAGAUCAAGUCAGGAGAGACGAAAGAACUGUCUCCUCUAGAAACUCAACAAAUCAUGGCUUCGGUACCCGUCGAGGCAACCCAAAAGUCAGCAAACGUCAUGGUCACAGUCACAGAAGGAAAGGUCGUUGAUACAAAAUCAGUUACGGAAAAAGAAGCAGAAACGAUCGUGUCACUAGUAACCGAACAACCGGACCCUACAGCUGAGAAAGUCUUAGUUUCUGUCGAGGGAGGCCAGGUGGUCGGAAAGCGUGUCGGUAAGGACAAAGCCACGCCCCUUUCUCCACAGGAAGCCGCACAACUUUGGAGAUCUGUCGCUCAGCCGGGACAGCAGACCGGAGAUGUCGUCGUUUCCCUUUCACAAGGACAGAUCGUGGGAUCCCAGCAGCUUACACCAAUGGAAGCCGAGACCAUCAAGGCUGUCGUUGUGGAAGAACCAAGACCUACUGUAUGUCCGACUCCAGCUCAGUCGACAUAUAUGCCAACCGUUCUACCAACAGCAAAACUGGCUACUCCUCAAGAAAACAAGAUUAUGGUAACUGUCACCGACGGAAAAGUGACAGGAGCUAAACAGCUCAAGUCAGGAGAGACGAAAGAACUGUCUCCUCUAGAAACUCAACAAAUCAUGGCUUCUGUCCCUACUGAGACGGCCCAACAGUCGGGUAACAUCAUGGUCACAGUCACAGAAGGAAAAGUCGUCGAUACAAAGCCAGUUACAGAGAAAGAAGCAGAAACAAUUGUUUCACUGGUGACAGAAGAGUCAGACCCUACAGCUGAGAAAGUCGUAGUUUCUGUCGAGGGAGGCCAGGUGGUCGGAAAGCGUGUCGGUAAGGACAAAGCCACGCCCCUUUCUCCUCAGGAAGCCGCACAACUUUGGAGAUCUGUCGCUCAGCCAGGACAGCAGACCGGAGAUGUCGUCGUUUCCCUUUCACAAGGACAGAUCGUGGGAUCCCAGCAGCUUACACCAAUGGAAGCCGAGACCAUCAAGGCUGUCGUUGUGGAAGAACCGAAACCUAUCGUCUGUCCGCCUUCAGUUCAGCCGGUCUUUACGUCUUUUGUUCCAACCCCAACUUUCAUUUCAACAGAACCGACUGCAACUAUCAACGCUGUCGUUGUGGAAGAACCGAAACCUGUCGUGUGUCCGCCUUCAGUUCAGCCUGGCUCUCUGUAUGAGUCAACCGUUCUACCAACAGCAAAACUGGCUACUCCUCAAGAGGACAAAAUCAUGGUGACGGUCACAGACGGAAAGGUAACAGGAGCUAAACAGCUCAAGUCAGGACAGACAAAAGAGCUUUCUCCUCUAGAAACUCAACAAAUCAUGGCUUCAGUUCCUGCUGAGGCGGCCCAGAAGUCAGGUAACAUCAUGGUCACAGUCACAGCAGGAAAAGUCGUCGGUACAAAGCCAGUUACAGAGAAAGAAGCAGAAACAAUUGUUUCACUGGUGACAGAAGAGUCAGACCCUACAGCUGAGAAAGUCGUAGUUUCUGUCGAGGGAGGCCAGGUGGUCGGAAAGCGUGUCGGUAAGGACAAAGCCACGCCCCUUUCUCCUCAGGAAGCCGCACAACUUUGGAGAUCUGUCGCUCAGCCAGGACAGCAGACCGGAGAUGUCGUCGUUUCCCUUUCACAAGGACAGAUCGUGGGAUCCCAGCAGCUUACACCAAUGGAAGCCGAGACCAUCAAGGCUGUCGUUGUGGAAGAACCGAAACCUGUCGUGUGUCCGCCUUCAGUUCAGCCUGGCUCUCUGUAUGAGUCAACCGUUCUACCAACAGCAAAACUGGUUACUCCUCAAGAGGACAAAAUCAUGGUGACGGUCACAGACGGAAAGGUAACAGGAGCUAAACAGCUCAAGUCAGGACAGACAAAAGAGCUUUCUCCUCUAGAAACUCAACAAAUCAUGGCUUCAGUUCCUGCUGAGGCGGCCCAGAAGUCAGGUAACAUCAUGGUCACAGUCACAGAAGGAAAAGUCGUCGGUACAAAGCCAGUUACAGAGAAAGAAGCAGAAACAAUUGUUUCACUGGUGACAGAAGAGUCAGACCCUACAGCUGAGAAAGUCGUAGUUUCUGUCGAGGGAGGCCAGGUGGUCGGAAAGCGUGUCGGUAAGGACAAAGCCACGCCCCUUUCUCCUCAGGAAGCCGCACAACUUUGGAGAUCUGUCGCUCAGCCAGGACAGCAGACCGGAGAUGUCGUCGUUUCCCUUUCACAAGGACAGAUCGUGGGCUCUCAGCAGCUUACACCAAUGGAAGCCGAGACCAUCAAGGCUGUCGUUGUAGAAGAACAGAAACCUAUCGUGUGUCCACCUCUAGCUCAGCCGACAUUUAUGCCAGGCAUACUACCAACAGCACAGCUAGCUACUCCACAAGAAGACAAGAUUAUGGUAACUGUCACCGACGGAAAGGUGACAGGAGCUAAACAGCUCAAGUCAGGAGAGACAAAAGAACUGUCUCCUCUAGAAACUCAACAAAUCAUGGCUUCAGUUCCUGCCGAGGCGGCCCAGAAGUCAGGUAACAUCAUGGUCACAGUCACGGAAGGAAAGGUUGUUGAUACAAAACCAGUUACGGAAAAAGAAGCAGAAACGAUCGUGUCACUAGUAACCGAACAACCGGACCCUACAGCUGAGAAAGUCUUAGUUUCUGUCGAGGGAGACCAGGUGGUCGGAAAGCGUGUCGGUAAGGACAAAGCCACGCCCCUUUCUCCACAGGAAGCCGCACAACUUUGGAGAUCUGUCGCUCAGCCGGGACAGCAGACCGGAGAUGUCGUCGUUUCCCUUUCACAAGGACAGAUCGUGGGAUCCCAGCAGCUUACACCAAUGGAAGCCGAGACCAUCAAGGCUGUCGUUGUAGAAGAGCCGAAACCUAUCGUGUGUCCACCUUCACUUCAGCCGGUCUUUACGUCCUUUGUUCCAACCCCGGCUACUUUCAUUUCAACAGAGCCGACUGCGGCCAUCAACGCUGUCGUUGUAGAAGAACCUAAACCUACCGUUUGUACCUUCCCCAUGCCCACAACACAAGUGUGGCCCCGGGAUCCGAAUCAACCGAAUUUCGCAUCCUCAAAACAAGGAUGGCCACGGGAUCCGAAUCAACCAACCGUCACGCCCAUAAUACCGUCAGAUGUCCCAACGGUUGCAAAGGAAGACAAAAUCAUGGUGACGGUCACAGACGGAAAAGUGACAGGAGCUAAACAGAUCAAGUCAGGAGAGACGAAAGAACUGUCUCCUCUAGAAACUCAACAAAUCAUGGCUUCAGUUCCUGCUGAGACGGCCCAUCAGUCGGGUAACAUUAUGGUCACAGUCACGGACGGAAAAGUAGUUGACACAAAGUCAGUUACAGAGAAAGAAGCAGAAACCAUUGUGUCACUAGUAACCAAGGAACCGGACCCUACAGCCGAGAAAGUCGUAGUUUCUGUCGAGGGAGGCCAGGUGGUCGGAAAGCGUGUCGGUAAGGACAAAGCCACGCCCCUUUCUCCUCAGGAAGCCGCACAACUUUGGAGAUCUGUCGCUCAGCCAGGACAGCAGACCGGAGAUGUCGUCGUUUCCCUUUCACAAGGACAGAUCGUGGGAUCUCAGCAGCUUACACCAACGGAAGCCGAGACCAUCAAGGCUGUCGUUGUGGAAGAACCGAGACCUACUGUAUGUCCGACUCCAGCUCAACCGGCAUUUGCGUCUGUCUUACCAACUCCAUCUACGUUCGAUUCAACAGAACCAUCUGCCACAGGGAAACCGGUUUCGUCAGAGAAAAUUAUAGUAAAUGUUGUCGACGGAAAGGUCGCUGGGGCCAAACACCUAAGGCCUGGAGAUACGAAAGACCUAUCAUCUAUGGAAGCUCAACAAAUUUUGGCCUACGUUCCCGUGCAGAAGCCAGGCAAUGUAAUCGUGACGGUAGCUGACGGCAAAGUCGUCGAGUCGAAACGCGUCACUGAAGUAGAGGCGGAGAACAUUAUGUCUCUUGUGUCUGAGGAAGUUACUCCAGAUGCCGAGAAGGCAAUAGUUACUCUAGAGGGAGGAGAAAUAGUGGGGAAGCGUGUUGGCAAAGACAAGACCACGCCACUUUCCCCUCAGGAGGCUGAAGAACUUUGGAGGUCUGUCGCUCGUCCGGGACAGAUUUCCGGGGACGUCAUGGUGACCAUGUCACAGGGCAAAAUAGUAAAAUCCCAGCAACUGACACCAACAGAGGCCGAGACCAUCAAGGUGGUAGUAGCAGAAGAAGCGAAACCUGCCGUGACAAUGUCAUCAUCUAGUCCGCUCGACAGAGCACCUGGCCAAGACAUCCGCGGGUCCGAAACUCUGAUGGCCACCAUUGUGGACGGGAAGGUAGUCGGAGCACGGAAACUGAAGGACGGAGUAACCACACAGGUUUCCACAGCCGAGGCUGAAGACAUCAUUUCAUCCGUACCGGGACAGUCGUCUCAGACUGGGCACGUUCUCGCCACUCUCGCCGGUAAGGAGGUGGUAGAGGUCCAACAGCUGACUCCAAAAGACGCGGAAGAAAUCAACGUCACGGGCACGGUACCGCAAGCAAUCGACACAACCCCUGGAGAGAAGGUUCUGCUAACCGUAGCUGCCGGGCGCGUUGCUGAGGCCCAAAAGGUCGGCCAACGAAAACUCACUCCUCUGUCACCAACAGAUGGCGAGACACUUCUGGAGUCAGCGUCAAGCAAGACUAAGGAGCCUGGGGACAUCGCUGUGACCAUUGUAGAUGGGAAGGUGGUCGGAUCACGCUGGGUGUCAAGCAAAGUCGGCUCCACGCAGGGGGAUGGAAAUGUUCCAACUGGAGACACAGCGGUGAUUCGGAAGGUGGUGAUGACGCCCUCCGGAGAACGAGUGGUGCAGGAGGUCGUGGCGGCAAAGAACGUACCCGCUUCAGAGAUGGCGUUAUCCGGAGACUACGGCAAGCGCGUCAAAGUCGAGGUGCUGGAAGGGCGGGCCGCGAUGAAGGAGUUCCUAGCUGGAUCUUCAACAGACUCUGAUCAAGAUGCCUACAUGACGCCGGUGAGCAGUCAGAGUGAUGCCUACGUCUCGGCAUCAAGCGACGCUUACGUCACACCUCCUAGUGAGACCAGCGACGCGUACGUCACGCCGCCUGGAGAACCGAUGGACUACUCUGGCCCAGCAGACCAGCAAGACGGUAAAAGCUGGUUCGCGCAAGUCACGGAUAAAGUCACGUCCGCAUUUUUUGGUCCUGGGCAGGAGGGAGACGCUGCACAAGUCACCGAGGGCACGAUGCCUCUGGAGUCCUCUAUCGAGAGGAGCACAAGCGCAGAAGAUAUCUUUGUGGAUGCGGACCAAGGAAGACCGAUUCCCACGGCUGAGAUGGAAGGGGACGUUUCUGAACCAUCGCGAUCGGCUGGGGUUUUCAAAGCGCCCCGACCACUGCAAGUUGGGCAGGUUCGGGAAGAAGUCGUCAUCCCUUCUGCCCUACCCGGGAGAGAGCCGACAGAAACGGACGAAAGGCAACCCAAACAGAGAACAGUCUCCGAGGUAGCCAGGGAUGUUAUACCACCUAUGCACGUCAAGACUGGGGAACUGAAGACAGAGCCGCAGUUUUUCAGACAGGGUGAAGUUCAAGAAGCACAGAUCCGCCCUGAACAUGUGGGACCAGAUGAACCGGUGAAGUCCCGAAGAACGACAUCCGACUUAGCCGAGGAAAUCAUCGGGCCACUUGCAAACUCCACAUCUCCACAAAAGGGUGACGUAUUCUUCACAGAGGUGCCAGAAGUACAACAGGUACCCAAGGGUGCACAACAGAAAAUGGUAGAAGAAGCGGCUCGGCAGAAAAGAACAGAGUUAGAAUACUACAGACACGUUUCGCAGGAGGGUGAGGACACAGAAGAAAUGACACCAGAGAUCCUGAAAGCAGCCGAAGACGACUUGAAGAAAUCUCCAAGAGUUUCCUUCAGGACAGGACCGCCGGAGGUAAUCGGGAGAACGGACGACGACGACGAGGACAGAAGGAAACCCAUAGCAACCAUCACUAUGGAGAAAACGGAGAAAACCCCGAUCGGUGACGUCAAGAUCGCUCCUGCUGCGAAGGUUGCCGGGAAAGAGCCGGGUAAGCCAACAUGGAACAAGGUGUGGCCGGAGAAGUCCGACAAGCUCCCAGCUGACGUCACUACCAUGGAAACGGUGGAAGUCGAGGAAUACCAACUGGCACCGGGGGUGGGCAGAGCAGGAGCUGUUCCCGCAUUCACUAAGAAGCUGUCCACGAUGCUAGCCAAGGAGGGGUCCACAUUUGAGGCUGCAGUAAAGGUUUCUGGUGACCCACAGCCGGAUAUCACCUGGUACCACCAUGACAAACCAUUGAAGCCGACGGACAAGUUGGACAUCGUGAAAGACAAGGGCUACAGCUCACUGGUCUUCAUGGAGGUCCUUCCAGAGCACGCCGGUCUGUACAGCUGCGUGGCCACCAACAUCAUGGGCAAGGCCACGUCACGUGCUCCCCUCGUGAUUACAGAUGAGAUGGACUCGGAACUACCCUUGCCGGGAGCGGUGAUGUCUGACGAAGGGGAGCUCGAAGCCGAAGGAGAGGACGAAGCCCCGGCCCUUCCACCGCGGCUGCAAGACGUGGAUGAAGUUCCAAUUCUGUCAGGCCAGGUGCAGUCCCCCCAGGUGGGCGACUCCAGCAGCGUCAGCAGCCUGGAGCCGGACGACAUCACCGCCGACAAGAAGGUCCGAGACGCAAAAUCGGCAGUGGUCAAGGAACUUAAGGAGUUCCAGGCUAAAUCACCCACGUUCAAGGUGGGAGAGAAGGCGCCCGAGCGCGUGAGCACAUCGGAGGAGGAAGGGGGCACCAUGGUAACACCUACCGUAGAUGGAGAAAAGGUCUCACCUGGCAAAGUGGACAUAACCACGCCUGUUGUGUCCGUAGGCAGCAAGGCGGGAGUGACGACACCAAAGGCUGGAACGCAGGCCGAAGUAACGACCCCGACCGGCGGUGUCGCCAUCGAAGCGGUGCGACUUCCUCACGGUUCCGCCGAACCUGCACCUGUGAAGCCGGAGAAGAAAAAGUCCGGCCUGAAGAAAAUGUUCAGCGGCAAGAAGAAGAAGGACAAGGAAGCGAAGAAGGGGACGACUUCCGGAAAAGCAGGUGUGACUACACCUGUCCAAAAAAUAGGCGUGACGCCUGUCCAGGCUGAGACCAAACCUGCCGAAGGAGAAGACGACGUCUUCUCACCUGGCGUGACCUUGGCAGCUGAUGUAAAGCCUGGUGAAGGUCAGAAGACCCCGACUCCUGAAGAAACAAUCCUGACGCUCAAGAAGGAGACGAAGGCAGGCGCUCCCGAUGUUAAGACUCGUCCCGGUGACCUGCCCGUCGCCAUUGGGGAGGUCGUGUGGGCGGAACCCGCCAAGGGCGCGACUCCGAAGGGCAGCGCGGGCAGAACACCGUCCGCCGAGCUGAGGACGCCUUCCACGGGCGGGAAGACACCUUCAGCGGAAGAUGUGGCGUCCGCGGAGAAGAAAAAGACGGGAUGGUCCAAGUUCAAGAGGACCUUCUCCACCAAGAAGAAGAAGGACAAGAAGUCGUCGUCGUCUUCGAGCAGCAUCGACCGGAUCCCGUACGAGAAGAGGCAGGCGUACGCCUCGGGCUCGCUGCCGCGUUCCACCGAGAAGUACCCGGAGCUGUCCCGGUCCACGACGAUGCCCGUACGGCCUAUCAGCAUGGUGUCCCCCGGCGAUCGGCCAGACCUCUCCCGCGCCUCCCUGCGCACCUCCAGCAGCACGUCUUCAGCCUCCUCCACCAAGGACAGGAAGGAGACCCGGCCGUACAGCUACGCCGGGCGGCUCGACUUCGACCCGAGGUCGCCGGGGUACGACCAGCAGAGGCCCGAUUUGCCAUUCGUGGAAGCCGAGGUCGUGCCAGCGGGAGGUACCAAGGCAGUCGCGGGAGUGGCUGCGGUCGAGCGCAACGGAAAGGCGGAGGACUCUGACGACUCCGACACCAAGGUGACGUCGUCAUCAUCGGUAGUGAUGUCAUCGUCAACGUUCGUGACGUCAUCCACCACGACGACCGUGACAGUGAGCGGCGAGCAGAAAGCUGGGAUGGUGGGAGCGAAUCUACCGACCUCGGUGUCCGCUCCCACUGGCUUCGGGGCCGAAACGGCCUCCGGUACGGGCCCGGCCACGCUGACGGCCACGGUGUCGCGUACCAGCGUCUCCACCACCGCUUCACGCGCCUCCGUCGCGCUGGAGGACUCCGAGGAUUCCGCCCGCGAGGCCACCGACAACUUCCCCAAGUACCUGGGCGGCAAGAAGAAGUACCGCAAGAAGAGGGGUCAAAAGCAGCAAUGCAAACAGCAGUGAGAGACUAAACAGCAGUGAGAGACCCGAGAUGGGCCAGAGAGAAGUAAUGAUACAUACAUGUAUAGUUUUGUAUGUAUAAAUUUGAACUUUUUGAGGAAUUAUUGCGCUCCUUUGUUAGUGGGCGUUAAUGUGUCAGAUUCAGAUUUAAGGGCAAAUUUUAAGAAAUGUAUUUGAACAUAGAGGUAAUUUUGGUGAUAGCUCGAAGCAUAAGAUUUACCCGAAUGAUAUCUUUCUAUGUAGUGAUUCUAUAUUUUCCAAGGGAAUUUCGUGGUGUUGCGUGUUUUACUGCAAGUGAAAGAAGCUACUGUUGCAUGCGUGUGCAUCGCACGAAUUCGAAAGAAAAAAGUCGAUUUAAAUGUACUUAUCGAUGCUGUGCGUGUUUUGUUGCAAAAUACCUAAAAAAAGCACAAAAAUCCAAACCAAAAAAAAAUGCUCCCAUCUACUUCCGUGGUAUUGCUCGGUAAGACUUAGUGGUUAGUUUUAGGGGAAUGUAAAAAGGAUUUGAUUUGUGAUUGUUGAUAUGUCUGUGCUUGUUAAAGUGCCGGUCGCUUCCGUACUUAAUGCUAUUGUAAUUGUUAGUACCAUGUUAGCUUAACUUACUCGCAGACUAUGAACACGUUGUGGUGAAAUGGCAGAUUCUAAUGUUAGCCUAGGCUAUAUGUUGCUUUUAAGCAUGUUUGUUUCUUCAUUUAUUGUGGUUGGCUGGGGUUUAAGGCUGCAAAGAUACUAGAUAUUAGCCAAUCAAAACACGGGGUGAUCAGGAGUAUGUUCCUUAACGGUGAUUGGCUGGGAUUAAAUGGUUUGAUGUAGCAGCCAAUGAAUAGCCAGAACGACGAGCCAAUCAGGAGUUGCAGUUCAUACUGAAUAACGUCAGAGAUUGGAUGUUUUUGAUGUACCCAAGGAAACGUUUGUAGUAAAAGGAACUUUCUCCAA